GACCAUCUCAUUAGAACCAUGGCCGUUUUAGCCAAAGCGGCGAUUGGUGGCGCCUGGACAACCAUGUAUACAUACACCAACGAACUGUACCCGACAGUCGUCAGGACAGAUGGUGUUGGUGUGAGUCAAAUCUUUUCACGGGUAGGAGGUAUCACGGCACCAUUGGUUCUGUUGAUGGACGAAGAUAACAUCGUCGUCCCCUACGUGACAAUGGGUUGUUUCAUCAUCAUCAGCGCCGCGCGUCUCUUCUUGUUGCCGGAGACCAAAGGGAGACCACUAGAGGACACAUUAAAAAAGAAAGCGAAAGUCGAGUUUGUGGAAAUCCCCAAGCACGAGGAGGGCAGCUCGUCCGAGGCUAACAUCCCCGAAACAGAAACAAUAGCAUUUUUGUAG